AUGAAACAAAUAUCCCGUAUAAGUGUCGAAAAAGCCCUGCAUCACAACAAAGAAAAUCUGGUUGAUAUAAUGGCUCGGUUCGUAACAAGUACAGAAUUAAUUGCAAAAAUUGACGAUCAAUGGCAGCAAAUUCAUUUACUGAGAUCGAAUGAAACAAAAGAUACAAAAAAAUUUUGGAGCGAAGUCUUGAAAUUCAAAGAUGCACAAGGUGUUGCUCGAUUUCAAGAAUUAGCAACAUUUGCGAUUACACUUUUGGUAUUGCCACAUUCGAAUGCCGAUAUGAAAAGACUUUUUAGUAGCAUGAAUAUUAUAAAAAACAAGCAGCGAAACAGAAUGAAGCUAACUCUUUUGAAAUCAAUUCUAAAAAUACGCUGCGGUAUGCAGUUAAUGGGAAAGUGCUGCAACAAUUAUGAAAUUCCUUUAAAUCUUAUAAAACAAAUUGGGACGAAGGAGUCAUAUCAUUCUGAUAAGGAUAACAGUAAGGCUGAAAAUGAAAAUGCAGAUUAA